GCAAGCAGGGAGGCCCCGCCUCAGAGCACCCUAAACUUGCCACCAUGAGGAUCCCAGUUCUUCCUGCUGUGGUUCUUCUCUCUCUUUUGGCGCUCCACUCUGCUCAGGGGGCUACCCUGGGUAGGUCUGAGGAAGAAACCACCAUUGGUAAUUAUGCAGCAGGACCUGAGGCCGUUAGCCCUCAGUUCCUGAACAUCGAAAAGUUUCGAUCUGCUUUUAAGACGGAAGAAUUCCUGAACUGGCAUGCCCUCUUUGAGAUGAUCAAAAAGAAGCUUCCUUUCCUCAACUGGGAUGCCUUUCCUAAGCUGAAGGGAUUGAGGAGUGCCACUCCUGAUGCCCAGUGACCGUUCCCUUCAAGACCCAGCACUACUGAUACCUGCUGGAAGAGGGGGCUAAUGUGGGAUCUGGUCACCAUCCUGCAAUCAUUCUUUCUUGGCUCAAUAACUCCAAUAAAAUGUUUCCCAACUAAA